AAUCCCCCAUUACUUCAGGGUCCUUUAAAUCCCAAUCUGAUUUCCAAAUGCUUAAAAUCUAAUGCUGCGUUCACACCAAACGCGAAUAGAGCGUCUGGCGCGAAUGAUUUCAAUGUUAAGUCAAUGUAAAGACGCGUUUACGCGCGUCUGGAGGUCUCGCGGCGCGAAUGAGGCGUUUAGCGCGGCGCGGAAGACGCGAAUUCGCCUCAUUCGCGCGUCUAGUUCGCGCGAAUGACGCGAAUUGACGCGCGAAUUACGCGAAUUGAGCGUUUCGCGCGUUACGCGCGAAUGGUGCUUUUUGUGCAUUUACGCGUUUGACGCGAAUUCGCGUCUGACGCCCGAGUUGAAAAAUUUUAACUUUGGCGUCAAUUCGCGCCGCGUUAACCAAUCAGGAGCCUGCUUGCUGCUGUGGCGGCAGGCCCGCCCGGAGUCACUCAUUCUAAAUGGAGGAACGACUGAUAUUAUCAGUGAGCAGUCACCCAGAGAUUUAUGACACAAGUUCAUAUUUCUAUAGAGACAGGAAUAAAAAGGACCUCGCUUGGAAGAGUGUCGGUGAGGAGAUUGGGCAACCUGAGGACGUGUGCAGAAAAAAGUGGAAAAGCCUCAGGGACACCUACCUGAAGGAGAAGAGGAAGGAGAUGGAGAAGAGGAGUGGGUCAGCAGCAGGGUCAGUGAAGAAGUGGAAGUACUCACAGAUCCUGGGAUUCCUCGAGCCCUUCGUCACCCCACGGGAGACCACCAGUAACAUGGGGGGGGUCGAGGCCCAGGUCAUAGAGUACAACCACCCCAGGGACCAGGGAGAGGGAGAGGCGGAAGCAGGGGAUACGGAAACAGGUGAGUUUUCCAAUUAAGCCAAUUUACAAGGCAUAUAUGCUGUCAUUGUUUACAGAUGAAGAGUAUAAUGUAAUCUCUCUAUGACUAUUGUUACCAACGUGUUGUAUUAACAUAUAGUAUUGU